CAGCACCAUUUUGGGGAGACACAUCGCAAAACCGUGUCUCUGGCAUUGUAUAUUAAUUCUGAAAAAAGACACGACUUUAACUAGAGUUAGCUAAUUUCUUGUACAGGGUUUAAUUAAGAAGCUAGCAUAUUAUAGAUUAGAUUCAAACAAAAGAAUAUAAGGACGCCCUACACGGUCGCACAAGGCUGCUACUAGCUAGCUACCGACGCUAACUCUAGCUGGCUGUAAGGCUUUUCUCCACCGACGCAACGUUCACUUUCCUAACUGGACCAUAAAAACACAUAACUCCAGAAACACAAGAUAAAGGGUGUCAUCUGUCGACUGUCUUCUUGUCAAUUUGGCAUCAAUAUAAUCUAUAAAGGAGCCUGCAAGCGAAGUCUUCCAAAAUGAGCGCGCCCUCCUCCCAAAAAGUCGUCCUGAAAAGCACCACCAAAGUGUCCCUAAAUGAGCGCUUCACUAACAUGCUGAAGAACAAGCAGCCCACUGCGGUAAGCAUUCGAGCCACCAUGCAACAGCAGCAUUUGGCCAGUGCCCGUAAUCGCCGGCUGGCCCAGCAGAUGGAGAACCGGCCCUCAGUGCAAGCUGCUCUGAAUCACAAGCAGAGCCUGAAGCAGCGCCUGGGGAAGAGCAACAUCCAGGCCAGGCUGGGCCGGCCCAUCGGGGCCCUAAUGCGUGGAGGAGCUGUCGGAGGCAGAGGUGGGAUGCGGGGGAUGACCAGGGGAGGCCUCAGAGGACGAGCCAGAGGAGGCACAAUGAGAGGAGCACUGUCCAUGAGAGGGAAGCGGGUGCUUACAGGCGGCCCCAUGCGAGGCCGUGGCUCUGCUGGCCGUAUGGCAAUGCGUAGAGGAGGCCGCCACCGUGGAGGAGUUGCUGGCAGAGGAGGAGCUCUGUCCCGAGGAGCAGCACGGGGGGGAGUAGCCAGAGGCCGUGGUGGACUGAGAGGGCGAGGUGGUUUCGCCGGCCGAGGGGGGCGCGGCCGUGGGCGGGGCAGAGGCGUCGGCAGACCAGUCGUGACCCGCGAACAGCUGGACAACCAGUUGGACGCCUACAUGUCAAAGACCAAAGGUCACCUGGAUGCUGAACUGGACGCCUACAUGGCCCAGGCAGACCCAGACAGCAUGGAGUGAUGCUGAAGGACUCUGAAGCAGAAGCACACUGCGGAACUGCACAGCUGAACUCACACAUACCGUGUAGUGUAUUUUAUACCAGAUCGAUGUGCUGAGAAAUGAUUGUGUUACUAAGUUAGAUGAGUGGUGACCCAGGACUCUUAGCUUUGAACAGCAGGAAAAUCACCUGAAUGUGCUUCGACCUCCACUCGAUCCUGCAUCAACCCGCUCCUGCGAAACCUUUUUAAUUCUGGAAUAACUGUGUGAAGGGACCUUUUUAAAAUAUUAACGAACCCUGCUGUCUAUAGAUUUCUGUGUUUUUGUUUUUUUUAUUUUUUAUAUAUGACCUGAGAAACACUUAAAACGGAUAUCUGUAAUGGCUUAAAAUUGGUGACUGGUCCAGGAGAUGUGGUGUGUUGAAUUCCAUUUUUACUUUACUUUUUUUUUUUUUUUUUUUAAAUUAGAUUUUAGCGUUGCUGUACUCCGAUCUUUUGGGAUUCAUUAAUUUGUUUGUCUUGGAAUAUUUGCAAUUCAAGACAUUUCUAAAUUAUUUGUUUAAAAAAAAGUUUUAAGCCAAGUACCCAUUUGUCUUUGUAUUUAAAAGAUGUAGAAGUUCUUUUGUUUCUCUGUAUCUUCCACCCGUCAGCACUCCUCAGUGCAGCGCUGGCACUCUUAACUUGUACUCGAGAGCAUUUGUAUGACGUUACCCAAAGCAAGUAAAAUAGGUUUUAAUUAAAAUGGAAAUUGUAAUUUCCCUAAUUGUGUCUACUGUAUGAAUUUCCCUUGAGUAAAAUGUUGACCACAGAUCAAA